AUGGCGAAGCAAAAGUCCCAAUGGUCGGACAUUGCCACCACCUGCGGCGUUCCUGUCAGCGACAUUGAAGAUGUUUACCCAUGCACGCCUUUUCAGAUCGACGCCAUGGUGGGAAGCAGCAAGCAUCCCAGUACGCACGUCUAUCGCGGCUCCUUUGUGCUGGACAACAAGACAGUCGACGUUGGGCGAUAUUGCGCUGCCGUGGAUCGGGUUACCGGGGAGAAUGCGAUCCUGCGCACGCGCAUCRUCGACGAUUGCACUCUCGGCUUCGUGCAAGCUGUGCUUGUGCAGCGAGGACCCGUGGUGCUUGAGGAUGCUCAKGAUCACGCAGACRACGACAUGACGAUGGGCCUGGGAUCGUCGUUGAUUAGAUGGCGGCUGCGCAAUGGCAGACUUAUCCUCACAUGCCAUCAUGCCCUCCACGACCAGACAUCAAUUUGGACUUUGGGUGAGGAUGUCCUGCGGGUCUAUCAUGGCAUGAAGCCUCCACCACAUGCGCCCUUCCGAGAGUACGUGGAAUAUAUCCAAGCCAUCGACCAGCAAGCAGCGACACAGUUCUGGAAAGAUCGCUUCCCCUGUGCAGCAGAAAUCUACCCGCAAGUGGACGUCACGCAAUCCCCACUGGCCGCAAGCCAUACCUCGCACAUCAUCCCACUUUCGGCCAGCACUCAAGGCCGAGUGUCCUUGGCACAGAUACCGGCAUACAUCGAGGCCGCCUGGGCUCUGGUUGCCUCCGCCAUGAGUGGUAGCGAAGUUGUGGCUUACGGUUUUGCCCUGUCAGGCCGCACGGGCAAGCUGGGAUCGGUUGCGAGCACUUUGGGACCGGUCAUGACAACGACACCUGUGCAAGUAGACGUCCGUCCCGAAUUAAGCGUGCAGAAGCUUGUACAACAACGAGCCCGCGAUCGUCGACAGCUUGUAGCCAAUGCAGCGCUGCAUUGGGGAUCAUCAAACAUCCGCUCCGUGAACGAGAACGCAAAAGUUGCCUGUCAAUUCCAGACACUCCUCAACAUCAUCCCACCUACCCGCGAUCGGGCCUCGGUAGAGAACCAAUGUGUAGGCGAAGAGCAAGGUCCCAUCACGCGCGCGCUCUGUCUGUGGUUUCAAAUAAGCGGCGACCGUGUCUCAAUUGAAGCCGCCUACGACGCAAGUAUACUCCCAGAGUCUCAAGUACGCCGCAACUUGCAUCAUUUCGCCCACUUCUUGGGUUUACUGCUCGACAGUCCCCCGGAGCGGACUGUUGGGGACCUUCCACGCUCCACUCCGCAGGAUGUGGCGCAGAUCAUGGACUGGAACAGUUCCUUGCCCACUGAUGGAAGCUGGGAGCACUGUCUGCAUCACCUCUUCAGCACUCGAGCUGGUCAGCGUCCUCAGGCCAUAGCAGUAGAAGCUUGGGAUGGCAAGGCGACUUAUGCCGAGUUGGACUGCAUGUCGUCUCACCUCGCUCAUUCUCUCCUCGUCUCCGGAGGGCUGUCCAAAGGGGACCCUGUGGUCCUUCUCUUGGAUAGAUCGCUCGCAGCAAUCGUAUCUGCUUUGGCCGUGCUCAAGUCCGGUGGUUGCUGCGUUCCGGUCGACACAAAAUUCCCCUCUAUGCGACAAAAGGCCAUAAUCUCGGCCACCGGUGCGCGCCAUAUCAUCACUCUGGACAGCACCUACCUCGAUUCCUUCACCACGGGGGAAGCGAUACAAGUAUGGACAGUGAACAGCGACGAAUUGGCGCGAUUCUCCCUCAUGGACGAUCUUCCUAGUACCUUCCAAUUUCCUUCAACCACGGGCGCCGACUUGGCAUACAUCCUUUUCACCAGUGGCAGUACAGGUAUACCCAAAGGAGUGAUGCUUGAACACGGAAACCUGACCACUUCCAUUCAACACAAUGGCGAAACGUUCAGCUUUGGCAGUUCCAGCAGAUGCCUCCAAUUUGCAAGCCUAGUAUGGGACGUCAGCCUGCUAGAGAUAUAUGGAGCACUACUCUUCGGUGGCUGCGUAUGCGUGCCUUGUGAGAUGGACCGCGAGUCUGGCUUGGCGUUGUACAUGACAUCCCACAGUGUCGACUUCACGUGCCUCACCCCCGCGGUCCUCCGUUCGCUCAAACCCCCUGAGAUCCCGACAAUCUCCACGAUUUGUACCACCGGCGAAUGCAUCGAUCCAGAUGCAGUCCAAAUCUGGGGGGAUGUAGCGCAGCUGUUCAAUGCAUGGGCGCCAAGCGAGUGUUCGAUCUUGAGCGCUUGCGGCAGAGUCACGGCAUCCUCGCCGUAUCCGGAAACGAUUGGAUUCCCGAAGGGUUGUUCGAUCUGGAUUGUCGAUCCACGGCAUGGGAACCAACUCGCGCCCAUCGGCGCAAUGGGUUUACUUAUGAUUGAAGGUAACACUGUGGCGAGAGGUUAUCUGAACGAACCUGUACUUACAGCAAGGUCGUUCAUCGAGCCUCCUACCUGGGCCCCAGAACGAUGCUCACCUGACGGCUCACAAAACCGCACCCGUUUCUUCCUCUCCGGUGACUUAGCAAGGUACAACCCAGACGGUAGCAUAUGCUUCAUUGGUCGCGUGGACAACCAAGUCAAGAUUCGCGGACAAAGAUUCGAGCUAGAGGAGGUGGAUUCUGUAAUUUCUGCCCAUGAGUCCGUCCGGAAUGUCUCGGCCGUGGUCUGUCGCUCGGAUGCAGAACAGACGAAGAAACUCGUGGCCGUCAUUACAUUGUCAGACCCAAGUUUGCCUCGAGGGCCGGAACUCCGUCAAAUCACUUCGUCUGCGCACGCGAAGACAGUGCAGAGACAUCUGAUUGCUCUUCAAGCCUCCAUGAACGCAGUAUUACCGUCUUUCAUGAUCCCUUCGGCUUGGUUGGUUGUUGAGGGUUUACCUAGAACCAUUUCGGCGAAGGUUGAUCGGAGCGAGGUCGCCAAGUGGGUUGCAAGUCUGGAAACUAUCACUUCCGUCACAAAGACCGUCUCCGUCACACCCCCGUCAACUUCGGCGGAGAAAGAGCUUCAAACGGUGUGGUCAACCGUGCUGGCAGUGCCAGAGUCUACGAUCGGUCGUGAGACAUCAUUCGUUGGCCUUGGUGGAGAUUCUAUCACAGCUAUGCAGGUUGCGACACGAUAUCGCCGCGCUGGAUAUCGCACCACAAUUGCAUCGCUACUGAACAGCGCUGACCUUGCCACGGUYGCUCAGCAGAGCCACAGAGCGGUUGAAUACACAUCAGACGAUACUCAGUCGCUUCUCGACGUUGGAGGGUACGUACCACUGACCCCUGUWCAGCAUUUCUUCACCGCAAACAACGGACCAGCUGCCAGCAACUAUUUCAAUCAAUCUUGGUUGUUGGACUUCCGCGCAGACUCCGAUGCAGCAGUCUUGGAGCACGCACUCCGCAGACUGGUCUCUCAUCAUCCCAUGCUACGAGCCCGCUUUUCUCAACAGUGCGAAGAUGGAGCAUCCAAGAGGGAAUUCGUACAGAGAAUAGCUCCGGAUACAUCAGACAGCCUUCGAUUUUCCCAUCAUACGCAUAUCUUGAAAGAGACCGACCUACAUCAUCUAGCCCACCAAAGCGAGACAAGUCUUGAUCUAGCCAACGGUCCUUUGUUCGCGGCGGAUCUCAUCGAGAUGCAGGAUGGUCGCAGGUUCCUUUUCAUGACAGCGCAUCAUCUGGUCAUCGAUCUAGUAUCGUGGCGUAUCAUUUGGGAUGAUCUCGGUACCUUACUCAGGGAGCCAGAGGCUACUCUUGCCCGGACAUUGCCCUUCACGUCAUGGACUCAGCAUCAGCUGGAUAAGUGUAGAUCACGGAGCGAAACCCAGCCCUCUCUAGUAAAGCAGCAAGUCCAGUGGCCUCGGGCGGAUCGAGACUUCUGGGGCAUGAGCGACAAGAUCGCACUAGCCCAAGACGUAGUCUCUGAACGCUUCUCGUUAGAAGUUGAGACCACGGAGCUUCUUAUGGGAUCUUCGAAUACCGCAUAUCGCACUGCACCUGUAGAGCUACUCCUCUCCGCCAUCUUGCUAUCUUUUCGGCAAAGUUUCUGUGAUCGCAAGGCUCCGGCAUUUUACGUCGAGAAGCAUGGACGCCAGGCAUGCRAUGCGGAAGAUGAGCUACUUGAUACAUCACGAACAGUCGGUUGGUUCACCACGCUACUUCCCAUUCACGCGCUGGUGAAUCAUGAGUCUCCAGUCGAUGACGUUGUCGUGGCGGUCAAGGACAGCUAUCGACGGGCCUCAGUUCAUGCUGUACAGUCUUUCGCUGACGAGGUACUCGGAUCUGAUGACCGUUUGAAUUCCAGCAACUUCCAGCAUAGACAUGUGGAGCUAAUGUUCAAUUUUAUUGGUGGUUUACAGCAGGUCGACACGAGCAAUGGAGUGUUGGAUAUCUCCCCUUCCAUGCCAUCUUUUUCAGGCUUAAAAACCGCAGGAAACUGCGAACAGACGAGUUUGAUCAACAUCGGAGCUGCUGUCCUCGGUGGGCGACUCCAAUUCUGGGUUGAAUGGAACAGUUCGAUGUUACACCAAGAUCGAUUACGCGGAUGGACAACACGACUCCAAGCCUUACUCCAAUCCAUGCCGCAUUCUCUCGUCGGCCAGGAGUCGCGCCUUACUUUGAGCGACAUGCCUCUACUGGACACCGAUGGCUCUGACACUAGGGCGAUCAACCAACACCUGACUAGCUUGGGAAUAUCUCCGUCUCACGUCAGUUCUAUCAUGCCAUGUUCCCCGGUGCAGGAAGGAAUAUUGUAUGCUCAAGUGCGAGCGGGUACCGAUAGCAUGUGUUACUGGAGCCGGAUUGACAUGAAGAUCACACCUGCGUCUGGCGUUGAAGGGGAUGUCGACGUCGCAAGGCUCGCCAAAGCGUGGCAUUCCGUUUGCGAAGCACACCCCAUGCUACGAACUGUCUUGGUCAGCGGCCUCGUCGCCAAUACCUCUUUCCAACAAGUCGUGUUGAAGCAGGCUUCGCCCAGCUUGUCGCUCUCAUCACGUUUACCAUCAACACUUUCGUCAAGCUCGCCUCGAAUUUCUUUACCGGACGCAUUCGACGGAACCGUGUCACCGCAUCAUCUGGUGAUCGAUCAAAGCGCGGGGCAACGGAGCGUUCAUGUCUCGUUGUACAUCAGCCACGUGCUCAUCGAUGGAGGUACAAUUCCAUUGCUUGCGAGACAGCUGAGCCUUGCGUACACGCAGGAUACCAAGAUUGUGGGAAGUCAUGGAUUCGAUUCCUAUCUGCAGUGGAUCCGUCAACAUUCAGAGGAGUCACAGAAGUACUGGUUACGCCGUCUUACUGGMAUUCAUCCGUGCGUCAUGCCAACCUUGAGCGGCCCGAGAAGUGAUGAUACUCCUCCAUGCUAUAUUGAUGGCAACUUCUCUGACAUGAGCGCCGUCCACUCGCUGUGUCAGCGUUAUGGGGUUACUGUUGCGAAUAUCAUGCAGGUCGCUUGGGCCAUCGUAUUACGCCGUUAUACCGGAUCCAGCGACGUUUGCUUUGGUUGUAUGAUGUCAAACAGGGACGUCAUAAACGGCGGUGAGGACAUUGUCGGGCCACUCAUAACGAUGAUUCCCAUGAGGUUCGACAUGGGGCCGUCCAACACUGCUGUCGCGAGUCUUCUAUCAGACGCCAAAGAGAAUUUCGCUCAGAGCUUGGAACACGCAGCCUGCUCACUGACAGCGAUUCAAGACGCCCUCGGCAUGGGUUCCACGCCUAUUUUCAACACAAUCAUGUCUAUUCAAGCUCUGGUACCUGAAGAUCUAAGUGUUGAUGGAUCGAGCAUCCAUGUGGAGCUGCUGGAUGUACUAGAUCCGUCGGAAUAUCCUUUURUGCUCGGUGUGAUGUACGACAAGGGCAUCAUCAAGUACAGGCUUACCUACCAGCCUCAGCAAGUACCUCAGAUCCUGGCUUCUCAAGUUAUGGACAUGUUACAGAAUACCCUUCGCAUAAUGGUCCACGAGGCUUCCGCGACAGCUCUGUCUGUAGCACUUCGUGCAAAGGUCGAGGCAGGCUCGGAACUACGACCAUUCGAAACUUUGGUCGUCCCGGAUCCAAAAUUGACCGCGAAAACCCGUCUGCAAGCGGCGUCGCAAUGCGAGCUCCCGGGGAGUGCAGUGGAAGAUGUUUUCCCAUGUACCAUGCUCCAGCAGGAACGAAUGGAAGCAUCAGUCCUGGGUCAGGUGGAUGCAAUGGUGCAGCAUGUCGUCACAAGCAAGAAUGGGGAGAGUUGCGCGCAGCUUCGUGAGGCUUUCGAAAGGGCUGUGCAGGCAAUUCCAGCGCUACGCACCCGCAUUGUGAAGUUGCCUAAGCAGGGCUGUUUUCAGGUCGUUACCAAGUCUCAAUCUUGGAGUUUUGCAGAAACCUUGGAGGAGUAUCUGGAAUGGGUUCAAUCUAUCCCAGUCCGUUACGGAGGCUGGUUGUGUCGUCUCGGCGCAGUCGAAGACGACAACGGGCGAGGUUCAGUCAUUCUUUCACUACACCCAGCUAUCUGCGAUGAGUGGACAUUCCAGCAGUGCCUUGACCACGUCGGCAGAGCGCUCCAGCAGGUCCCCUUUCCCUCGCCGCUGCAAUCGCUCAGCCCUUUCGUGCAUGACUUUGCUCAGACUCACCUUUACCACGACUCCGCCUGCAAACGAUGGAAUGAGAAAUUGCGAGGAUCGCAUUUGGCAUCGACAUUUCCACCUCUCCCACCAACAUCAGAUCGGGUCGCUCCAAUGCCUGAUCAUAGCCCUUCUGCGACACUAUUAGUCAGUGCGGUCACCCAGAAGACACCGGACUUCGCGGCGGUACUCACCGCUGCUUGGGCGCUGUGUCUGUACCGCCUUACGGGAAACAUAAAGGUGUUGAUUGGGGUACAAGUUGAUGGGCGUGACGUCCAUCAUGCUCUACUAGCAUCAGAUCAACGCAUGGAUCAGGUUACGGGUCCCCUUGACCCUACUGUACCCUACGUUAUCGACGUGGAUCCAACUGCUUCAUGCAAGAAACUCGUCAGCACAGUCCUCGACUAUUCGGCGGCCAUGCCAUUAUGCGCUCACGCUGGGAAGGUGGACUCAAUGGUCAAAAUCGACGACGACUCUCGCGCAGCCUGCAAUUUGACAAACAACCUCGCUGUCCAUGUCGCUGAUAAACAAAGUGGAUUAUUUGACGUCCGUAGGAUCACUGGCCUGAGGGAUCCGGCUUCUACCAUCCAGCUGACCGUCGAUUGUUCUGUGACGGAUGACGGAACGCGUGUCACCAUGACUUACAUGGGGCAGGAUCCUCGCCUCGACACACUUCAGCAUGUCUUGCACCAGUAUGGACACGCUCUCUCUCAGAUAGCCAAUGAUGCUCUACCCGGGCCUAUUUCGCAACUGAGUCCUAUCAGCGAGUAUGACUUGUCGUUCCUCCGAGAUUCGAACGCCCUGACGCCCGUGGCGGUCGACUCCUGCCUCCAUUCACUCGUGAGAGAACGAUGCCGGUCACAGCCAGAUUGCCCUGCAGUGUGCUCAUGGGAUGCCGAAUUGAGUUAUGCGGAACUUGAGGAGCUUUCAAACCGGCUUGCCAAUCGUCUGCAAAAUGAGUUCUUCGUUCAGCCAGAGCAGAUUAUUGCAUUCCUCCUACCACGAUCGGCCGCAUGCAUUGUUACCAUGCUCGCCAUCUUGAAAGCAGGCGGAGUAAUGUUAGGUCUGGAAGCCAAUCAACCUGACGAUCGUCUGAAAGACAUUCUGGUGGAUUCCGAGGCCUCUCUCAUUCUGACUUCUACUGCAGGUGGACUUGACACCCGGCUGAGGCGUUUCUGUCCUCCAUCCACUUCCAUCGUGGCCAUCAACCUGGACGAUAUCAAAAGUCUGGCUCCACAGCCCAUCCAAAAUUCUCCGGUCAAACCCUCAAACGCUGCAUAUGCAGUCUAUACCUCCGGGAGUACGGGUAUUCCGAAAGGCAUCAUUGUUCGCCAUUCCGACGUCGCCACUAGUUUGGCCUACCAUAUUGAACCUUUGGGAAUGAAUGCAGAUACACGAGUGCUGCAUAUCACAAGUUACGCCUUUGAUGUGAGCAUCAUCGAGAUAUUCCAACCCUUGCUCGCUGGCGCCUGUGUCUGUGUGCCAUCAGACCAUGACCGUAUGAGCGAAAUCGAAAAGGCAAUUGUUGAUCGUCGGGCCAACUUCGUAUGGAUGACUCCCUCUCUGGCUUCAGUGCUGUCUCCUUCUCUCACCGCGAACCUGCAAACAGUCGUUCUUACGGGCGAGCCGAUGACAGCUCCCGCUAUUGAUCGCUGGAUGGGUAAAGUCCGCCUGUUGGGCGCUUAUGGCCCGUCGGAAACCGGGUUUUCAAGUUGUGUAGACAUUACUCGCGACCAGCUUUCCAAUAUCGGCAAGCCCUCUGGAUGUCAUUUCUGGGUGGUAGAUGAGCAGGACAGCGAGCAAUUGGUGCCUAUUGGAUGUCCAGGCGAGCUGCUCAUCCAGGGCCCCAUUGUCUCUCGUGGUUAUCUCAAGCGGCCAGAGCAAACAGCCGCAGCGUUCCUUACCUGCGCUCCGGCUUGGACGAAAGAUUUCCCCCGCCUGGACAAAUCUCUGCCAUUCUACAAGACUGGCGACAUUGUAGUUCAGUGCCCGGAUGGAUCCUUCAUUCAUUGUCAGCGGAARGAUCGACAGGUGAAAUUGCGUGGGCAACGGGUGGAAUUGGGUGAAAUUGAGUCCCAUAUUAGUAGGUUCGUUGGCGAUACAUGGCGGGUUGCUGUGGAGCCGAUUCGAGCAGCAGACGCACCAGAUGAUCUCUUACUUGCUGCCUUCCUAAGCCCGAUUGGGAGCGAAAAAGACACGCACAGCACUCAUGGACACAUGCUGCUCCCCGAGGUACCGGACAUUGCUUUCUCAACGCAUCAGGCUGUGUUGUCUGCAUUACCGCCGUACAUGGUCCCAGCAGUUUACCUUGCAGUCCGGCAGUGGCCCCUCAAUUCCUCUGGCAAGACGGAUCGAAUGCAACUUCGGGGAAUCGGUAGUAGCCUAACAGCACUACAACUACGUAGCUACAUUCCCGUGCAUUCUGGUCUGAAGAGAACUGAGCUGGUCAGCAAACAAGACAGCCCUGAUCGGAGCGAAGAGCAAGUUGAGGCCGCAGUCUCGCCAGCGAACGAGCGUGAGCGUCUUCUUCUCCAGUUGUGGUCUCUCAUUCUUUCCCUACCCGAAGCAAGCAUUGAUAGGUCGAGUGACUGGGUUGGAAGCGGGGGAAACAGUCUCAAAGCCAUUCGUCUGGUUGGCGCGGCGCGGGAGAAGGGCUUUCGUCUCAGCGUAGUCGACGUCUUCCAGAGMGCCAGUCUAGAGCAUAUGGCGACUCUACUCAUGCCACUGGCAGAUCUCCAACAGUCUGAGAUGAACGGCAAUGGCGAAAAGCCCUUCUCACUGUUGGCGAUCGAUGUAGACGCUGCUGUUGAUCAAGCUGCACACCUUUGUGGCCUGGACAGGUCGGCAGUUGAAGACAUAUACCCCUGUACCGCACUGCAAGAGGGCCUUUUGGUCCUCUCGUCAAGACGCCCAGGUGAUUGUGUGCUGAAUAUUCGACUGGAGCUGGAAUCCAGUGUGGAUUUGGACCGUUUACGUUACGCUUGGCGCAGCCUGGUCCGGAUGGCGCCAUCCCUCCGAUCACGUAUCGUGAACAUUCCUGGACAAGGCAUGGUCCAGGUAAUUCUGGGAGACGAUGGUGCAGCGCCGAUCACGUCAUUCGGCAAGACGAUUGAACCCACCGCUAUGGGUCUGGGUACCGUUUUGAGCUCUGUUCUCAUUGACCAGACUGGAGACAACGAGAAGUACCUCACGUGGACAGUGCAUCAUGCUAUUUACGACGGCUGGUCACAGAAUCUUCUGAUGCAAGCUCUGGAAAAUCUAUACAAUGGGAAUGGGGAUCGAGCCAACAAGCCCCUAUUCACGCCGUUUCGGAAAUUCGUUGAGCAUAGCAUGAGUGUCAGCCGAGGGCAAGCUGCCACGGAAUACUGGAAAAGUCAAUUUAUUGAUCUGGAUGCCACCGCGUUCCCCUCACUGCCCUCAAGUGGUUACAAGCCCCGAGCCAACACGGAAGCACAUCUGACAAUAUCGGGACUGGAGAAGCCUGCUCGAGGUGUGACUUUGCCAAUUGCCAUUCGAGCAGCGUGGGCAGUCCUCCUUGCGGCAUAUGCAGGCUCAGAAGAGACUGUAGUUAACGUCGUAAAUGACGGCAGAAGCGCCAAUAUUCCAGGCAUCGAGCACAUGGUGGGCCCCACCCUUGCCACUGUGCCUGUCCGAAUCUCUGUGCCAGCAGACAUGAGUGUGGCUGACCUGUUGAGGAACGUGCAAGAGCAAUCCCUUGGUAUGAUACCAUGGGAGGCAACCGGAGUGCAGAACAUCCGCAAGGCCAGUCCCGAAGCAGACGUCGCUUGUAACUUCCCGACAUUGUUGCUUGUCCAGCCAUCACUGGCAAUGCGGCCUCUGGGAAGUAGUCAUAACAGUCUCGUGCGUUCUUUCACUGCUGAGCAAGUAUUGGCAAGAGAAGGUUACCUUGCUUUCAGUGAGCAUGCCAUAAUUCUGGAAUGCGGACCGGAAGAAGAAAGCCAAAAACUUCACCUGAAAUUCAGUUUUGACUCCAAUGUCUUGACGAGGGACAGAAUCAAUCGGAUGGCACAACAGCUUGAGCAAAUACUGCGGGACAUCUGUCAUGAAAUGAAUAGGACGGACACAGAAACUCCAAGAACACUCGCGGAGAUCAAACAAGCAAAAGGGAGAGAUCUAACGGAUAUAUGUCGAUGGAACGCCACCGUCCCUACUUCCGUGGACGCCUGCUUGCCUGAAGUUCUGGCAGCAAGCUUUCUUCAACACGGCGAAUCCACUGCCAUCUGUGCCUGGGAUGGCACAUUAACUUACCAUGAACUACAGUCACUGGCUAUGAAACUGUCUAGUCGUUUGAAGCAUGACUACCAAGUAGGCACAGAAGUUAGAGUGCCGCUGUUGUUUGAAAAAUCUAUGUGGACUUCGGUGGCAAUGCUAGCCGUUAUCAUGGCCGGGGGCGUUGCAGUCCUACUUGAUGCAUCCCAGCCUCUGGAUCGCUUGCGUUCAACGGUGCAGCAAGUCAAGCCCGCUGUGCUAUUGACAUCACCGUCACAAGAGCAUCUCGCCAAGGCCAUCGGACAAGUUCCCAUUCUUGCAAUCAAUGGAAGCCUUUUUGACGACCAAAGGCAAUUUGUACAGUCGACCGACGCCACGGGUGGGAGAAGCCUGAGACCUUCCAACGCCGUGUACAUAUCUUUCACGUCCGGCAGCACAGGCACACCGAAAGGCAUUGUCAUCACGCACGCCAACAUUUGCAGUGCUUUGAAGUAUCACGCUGGCCAUCUCGGAUUGUCAUCGAGAAGCAGGGUGUUCGACUUCUCUUCGUACGCCUGGGAUAUGUCUUGGUAUAAUCUUCUUCACACUCUACAGGCGGGAGCAUGUCUUUGUGUACCGAGCGAAGAGGAGCGUCAAAACAAUCCAUCGGGUUCCAUUGUCCGCUUCGAGGCCGAUUGGAUCGCAACCACUGCAACGGUAGCCAGUCUCCUGAACGAGCAAGCUUUGGAACAGCUGCAGCAAAUUGAACUCGUGGGAGAGAUUCCUUCCACUGGCCUGAUGGAGAGACUGAGACAGAGUGGUUGUCAAUGUAGAAACAUCUUUGGGCCGACCGAGUGUACCAUCAUUGCAUCGGUCUCCCAGGACAUGCGGCAUCCAUCUCACAUUGGCACGGGAGCGGGCUCAGUGCUCUGGAUCGUCAAUGCAGACAACCCAUCAUAUCUGGUGCCUGUGGGAUGUGUGGGAGAACUCUGGUUUGAGGGUCCCCUUGUGGGUCGCGGAUACGAAGGCGAUCCAAAACAGACGGCUGCCGUGUUCUUCCAAAACGUUCCCUUUUGCGAGAGAAGCGGCCAAUUUUACCGCACUGGUGAUCUCGUCAGAUACGAAGAAGAUGGCAGUCUUAUGUUUCUUGGGCGGAGUGACAAUCAAGUGAAAGUGCGUGGGCAGAGACUGGAGCUCGGAGAGGUUGAGCAACAUGUGCAACGGAUCCUCAACAAGACCAAGAGAGCGGCAUACGCCGUGGCCGAGACUCUGGUGGUCCCGGGGCAUGGCAGCGGUCCGAUUCUUGCAUUGGGCCUUAUCCCUGAAGGAGCUGCAGCCAUGACGGACCCAGAACUACGCGCACGGGUUGCAGAGAUUGUUGACGGUCUUGACCAAUGCUUGGCCGAUGUGGUUCCUGCUUUUAUGGUUCCCAGUCUCUAUACACCGCUGCGUGAUAUCCCUCUUAUGUUGACUGGGAAGAAAGACCGUCAUCGUCUCCGCCGGUUGAUGUUAUCAGAGGAGCCCAUUGGUGCUGAACAGCUCAGAGGGAACGGCGAUGAUUCGAAAAUCGCACAGCCUUCCAAUAUGGUCGAAGCAUCCUUGCAGGAGAUUUGGGGCAAAGUCUUAACACGUGCUCCAUCAUCUAUUUCGCUCGAUGCCCGAUGGGGAGAGCUAGGUGAUUCGAUCACAGCAAUGCAUGCAAUAGCACAUGCCCGAAAACAAAAGCUGGACCUGAGGAUGGAUGAUAUUCUCCGCCUGCAAACCAUUCGCCGCAUUGCCGAGAUGAUGGAGAAGCGGAUCAAAUCUGUCGAAUUCGUCGAAGCUACACCUAUCCCAAGAGUGGAGAUUGGAACAAGAGUCGGCUUGUCACCUGUUCAAGAAUGGUACUUCCAGUACCAUGGUCCACCAAAAACCACAUUCGACAUUUCAGUAUGUCUGCGACUCAACGAGAAGAUAUCACCGGAUAAGAUCCACGAUGCUUUGAGAACGAUCGUGGCACGCCAUGACAUGCUUAGAGCACGAUUCGAAUGGAGCGAGCAAGAUCAGAGCUGGUUCCAAUACAUCGACGACAGUGUUGAGACUUCACACCAUUUUGAAGCAUUGCCGGGCGUGGCUGAGGAGGAUUUCGGACCCCUGAUACGCAGCGGCCGAAAUCGCCUCGACAUGGAACGCGGUCCUAUUCUCUCGGCCGCUCUACUUGGAGACCAAACCCAAACACUUUCUCUCAGUAUCCAUCAUUUAGUUUGCGACUACAUGUCCUGGCGUGUGAUAGCGCAAGAUGUAGAGAGCCUGCUCGCCACUGGCCAUCUGCUGCCUUUACAAUCCACGGGAUUUCUGGACUGGACAGUGGCACAGAGAGAAUUUGCCAGCACAAAUCUACCACCAGAAACCGCCCUUUCCACGUAUGAACAACUGAUACCCCCACAGUGGGCGUCCUGGGGUCUCGAUGGCAGUCACAUAAAAUCAAUGCCAGUGACUGAAGUCAGCAUCACGCUGAACUCUCGAGAAAGUGCGCAUCUCCUCAACCCGAGCUCAUACCAUGCCCCAGUUCUCGACCGUAUCAUCGGUGCUCUCCUACAUGCCUUCUCCAUAGCGUUCCCGCAGCGCGCCGACAGUCUUCCCCCGUGCUACUGCAUCGGCCAUGGACGCGAGCCAGGGGACGGAAGUGUUGGAGAUGUGAUGCAGACAGUUGGGUGGUUCAGCACCAUAUACCCGGUACAAAUCUCUGGCAAGGGAGAAUCGCGCAGCCUCGCGACUACCGUAAACGAAACCGCAGAUGCUCGUCAACGUCUCCGACGUAACGGAUCUUCAUGUUUCCUCUCUCGAUUCGCCAAUCCAAGAGGUCGAGAAGUUUUUGAAAAGGGCGCCUGCGAGCUUCUACUGAAUUUCUUGGGCGAUUCGCUCAAGACGAUUGAAGGGGAGAGGGGGAAUGGAGAUGGGGUAUUGUCUUUUGUGCCGCUUCCCAAAGAGGCAGAGGUUGAAUACGCGUGGAAACCGCCGGCUGUGUUGGAGAUCAAUGGACGGACUGAUAAUGGGGAACUCCACUUUUUGGUCAAAUAUGUUUGUGGGGAUGAGGAAGCGGAGCGUUUCGUUCGGUGUUUUCGAGAUGCGCUGCUGGCUUUGGGGAAGGCGGGGGUGGAGGAUGAAUAG